CCUCAUAACCCCGUCAAUCAAUCCAAAGCGGUCAGAUUCGUGGCCGACGCUCUUUCAUCAGUAUUCUACGAUCGCACACCAAUCGCCGAUUGGGAUGACAAUGAUUACGCCUACAUUUAUAUUCUCGCUGCGGCACUCGACUCGGGCAAACUCGACCUGGAAACGCUGCAGUGGCACGGUACAAGCAGUGUAACAUCAAAAGCACAGCGUUUUGUUGCGAGAGCCGUGACUGCCAGGAUGACGGUGGAGAGAGAGCAGCUGAGUUCUGUGGAGGACGAGGAUGCGGAGGCGGAAAUGGCGAAUGACCAUGCGCUGCUGCUAAAUGCACUGCAUCUUUUCCUCGAGGACAACCCGCUUCGGGAAUACCUG